AUGGAGAAUUUACUGGUAAGUUUUCUACGUAGCUUCCAAAGGCCGAUCAAAAAUGUUUUUUAAAACGCGUUUUGCCACACUUUGGAGCUUAGCCUAACAGAGGGCGGACAUUGUUAAAAUCGGCAUCUCAGAAUUGAACGAAAAUUGGUCAACUUAAUCACUGAUAGGCACAAAACAUUCGCUUUCUUUGUUUUUGCCCAAAAUUACCGUAUGACGGCAUACUGUAGCAUCAUUUUUAAAAAAAGAUAUGCCCUAAUCGAGAAAACGAAGCGCUAUUUCAGCGCAAAUUGAGUUCAGGUAUAUGUUUUCGAUCAUGCAGAACAUUUUUGUAAUUGUCACCGAAAACUAAAAAAUAAUUGUCACCGAAAACUAAAAAUUACAUCUAAGCUAUGUUACACUUGAGACAACAUACCAUUUCGGGUAUAUAAAAUGCAGUUCGGACGAGGCGCAGAUUUUGAAACCGGAAUACUAAACUUCAACCCUCGUCUAACAAACCAUAAAAAUUUCAGAAAGAUCAAAUAUAUAGUUUUUGAGAUAUCGGACAUUCAAUGUCUCAUGUGCAAGAUCACCUUGACCCCGAAAAAAUCUGGCAUUCUUAGGUUUUUGGCUAGGCGCAGAUUUUGAAAGUUUCCAAUACAUUUUUAUGAGAUUUUAGGGGGAUAUAGAAAGUUUCAGAGGAAAAAAAUGAAUAGUUUUUGAGAAAUCGACCAAAAUACCUUGUUUUAGGUCAUCAGAUGCCCGAAAAAAUCUGGCAUUCUUAGGUUUUUGGCUAGGCGCAGAUUUUGAAAGUUUCCAAUACAUUUUUAUGAGAUUUUAGGGGGAUAUAGAAAGUUUCAGAGGAAAAAAAUGAAUAGUUUUUGAGAAAUCGACCAAAAUACCUUGUUUUAGGUCAUCAGAACACAGAAUCGUACCCUUCGGCGUACAUUUGACAAAAAUUUUGCAGAGAGCUCGAAUUUAUUUGUGACAAUUUGGAGAAAAAAACAGUAACACACAUAUAUCUCGGAAAAAAAGAGAUGCCGAAGAAAAUUGGUCCAAUUUUCCAGCAACUUGACCUAUAACAGGUUCACCAUGGUCGAUAUCUCAAAAACUAUUCACUUUUUUCCACUGAAACUUUCUAUUUCCUCCUAAAAUGUCAUAAAAAUGUAUUGGAAACUUUCAAAAUCUGCGCCUAGCCAAAAACCUAAGAAUGCCAGAUUUUUUCGGGGUCAAGGUGAUCUUGCACAUGAGACAUUGAAUGUCCGAUAUCUCAAAAACUAUAUAUUUGAUCUUUCUGAAAUUUUUAUGGUUUGAUUUUUUUGCGAAUUUUGCACGAAAAGUUUCAUAUGUAUUUCUACUGUAGAGUAUAAUGUUCCCACAAAAAAUCAAGUUUUUCCACGCGAAACUGACGAAGCUGCGGCUAAAAGGUGUUUUCUCUCUGCUCUCCACGUUUUGCAUACUCUCUCGGCCGAUCGUUGAAUAUCUCCGCUAUUCCUGCAAAGCGCGAGCUAAUAUUUGCAAUAAUUUAUAUGCGGCCCACACCCGACAAGUGUGUAAAAUUUGAUGAUAGUCUGGGCGUCGAACUUGCUGUUUCAGAUUCCGAAACAAGUCAGCAUUCGAGACGAAGCCCUCGCCAACAAAAACUGCCGAAUUUGCUGCGAUCAUCGGUAUUUUACAGUAAGUUUUUGAAAUUGAAAUGCUCUAUUGUUCGCCUAGUUAUGGUGUGAGUCGACCUUUUUGGUAUUCGAUGUGAUCAGCACCAAAUUAUUGGGGCAGUUUGACCUCCCAUUUCACUGUACGGCCUUCUCUUUGGCCCCUCGUUGCCAAGCCUAUUUGGCGACGGACGAUGGGAAAUUUUACAAAGUAGCGCUAAAAACUGGUGAGCUACAAUUGUAAGUUAUUUUGAUGCCUGGUUUAGUCAUCAUUUGCCAUAUUUGGCAGGUUGUUUUUUAAUGAUAUACGAAUUUUAAAACAUCUCAUUUUUAUGCAAAUUUCCGAUCAAAAUUCAAAUCCUUGAUUCUAGUAUAAAUAUUUGCCCUAUAUUCUGCAAAUUACCACCAGUUUCGUUGAUGGUAUACAGUCAAACCAUCAACUGUGUCCUCGGGAACAUGGCCGUGCGGAUGAACACGACCGCACCAAGUUCCGGUGUAAAAUACUACGUGUACGACAAGAAACGGAAUGUAAGUUGUAUACCGUUCGAAAGCUUGUUCUCUCAGCUUUCGAAUGGUAUAUUACACUGACAUAUUAAAUUUGGUUACCACGGUGAAAAUCGUAUUUUAGUCCUCGGACUCCCUCUUCAUCCCAAUGGAGCCCCGAAUGUUUGCGAUUUUAUUCAAAUGCGAACAGACUUUGUUCGUUUUUGAUAUGGACCGUGUAAUUGGACCCCUAUAUAGAUGGGAUUUCACGGCAGCCGAGCAUGUGGUAUCUGCAUGUUGGGCCAAAAAUACACUAUUCACAUUAACAGACAUGGGUGUGAUAUCCAGAUGGAAAUUGUUGGCGAAUGGCCGCAAAUUGAGGGAAAAACACUUGGAUUUGAAGAAAACAGGGUGUACGCAACUGAUCGCUGUGGAUUAUGAUGUAAGAAGUUGUAAAGUACGAAUUUUAUUUAUGUCGUAUUUUAGAAAUUUUUGGUCGCAAAUGAACAAGAAACUUCGGCAAUUAAAUGGAAUACGUAGAAGUUGUAUUUUUUUGAUGACUGAAACUAGUGGAUAACGUAUUUUACACUAUUGAAAUAAAAAAAUGAAAUUUUUUAUUUUUUUGUGAUUGAUCUUCAUGGGUAAUAUAAAAAUUUUUUUGAUUGAUGCAAAUAAUUGACGUAUUUUGCAAUCUCACAUUCCUCUCCUUCCAUCUAUCCCAUUUUUCCUUCAAAAUUUAUCCCCUCCGGUUUCAUCGUAUAAAAUGUCCCGUCUGAAAUUUCAAAUCUCCCGCGCUCAGCGAAAUGUCUCGAAUUUUCUUUUUCCAGCCUGAAAAAGUUGUGCUAAUAUUUCUGGCAAGUAUAACAUCAGUUUAUCACCCCUUUACAUACCUCUUUGUAGGUUGUGCGCGAUUCUUCUCUAGCCCAUAUUACACUAGACAUCAUUUUAGGUAUAAAUUUAUUUUUUGCGAAGAAGGUAACACUUUUGUAAAGACUUUUUAUAACCUUUAGGUGGAACAAGGUCCGGGCUCUUCUUCGCUUUUAUGCACUUUGCUGAUUUUUCUAGAAAUGAGGUGUUUUCUCUCCAAUACGUUGUAGUAGGCGUCGAAGAUGUUUUCCUCAUUUUUGUUGAUGAAUUCGCGCGUAUAUUUGUUUGAAACCAUGAAUUUUAUAAAAUUUACUUCAUUUUACAGGACUCACUGACAGUCUCACUUGUCGUAAUUUUCAAAUAUGGUUAAGGAUACCAAAUAUUAUGAUGUUCUCGAAGUCUCACCCGGCGCUUCCGAAACCGAAUUGAAGAAGGCCUACAGGAAGCUGGCCCUGAAAUACCAUCCAGACAAGAACCCGAACGAGGGAGAAAGAUUCAAGCUGAUCUCACAGGCCUACGAAGUUUUGAGCGAUCCGAAGAAACGAGAGAUCUACGAUAAAUAUGGAGAAGAAGGCAUCAAAGAAGGCGGUGGUGGUGGUGGAAUGCACAACCCUAUGGACAUUUUCGACAUGUUCUUUGGUAAGGAUUUGUGAAUUUCUUGUUGUGAAGUUUAGAAAAAGGAAAUGUGGAAUUUGAUACAUGCCAUAGGUAAUAUAGCUAAAAACUAUUCGAUCUCGACAAAAACUUGUGUCUAAAGUGUCCUAAUAGAUGUAAGAUAUUAUAGAGAAGCUUUUAUGCGGGAAUGCACAGCGUUUUGGUCCAAAACGAGACUUUGAAAGCUCAUGUUAUCUAAGCCUACCAGCAAGUCUGGCAUUCAUGUAAAAUUCGGAAUAGAUGGUUAAAUUUUGCAAAAGGAGUGAAGUAUGUUACUCUUGCAGCUUAAACAGGUCAUAAGGUAGCUAAAUGUCCAUUAUUUGUGGCGAUCUAGGCUUUACAAGAGAGCUAUGAAACCAUUUUAUCUUAAUCUGGCAUCUGUAAGAGUCAAUAACAUAAUUCUCUGUAUUCCCUUCGUUUUUUCAGGUGGAGGCAGCCGACAGCAACGCGAGAACAAAGUUCGCGACAUGAUUCAUCAAAUGACUGUAACCCUGGAAAAGAUGUACACUGGUUUCACCAAGAAUUUGAAGAUCAAACGAUUCGUCCUCUGUCAAACGUGCGAUGGAAUCGGAGGAUCCGCCGAUUCCGUCAAACAAUGCGCUCAGUGUGAUGGCCAUGGAGUUGUGAUCCGCAAUAUUCAAAUCGCCCCGGGCUUUGUUCAACGAUCUCAACAGGCUUGCAGUAAAUGUCAGGGAGAGGGCGAGAUCAUCUCCGUACCUUGCACCACUUGCGGCGGAAAGAAACGAGUCAAAGUCGAGGAAAUCAUUGAAGUCGCUGUGAACAAGGGCGCCAGAGAUGGCCAGAAGAUCGUGUUCUACGGAAAAGGAGACCAGGAAAAGGGAAAGGAGCCCGGGAAUGUUGUGAUUGUACUGGACGAACAGAACCAUCCCGUCUUCACGCGAGAGGGCGAUAAUUUAAUUCUCAGCCAACAAUUGAAUAUCACUGAAGCCUUGUGCGGAACGCAGAGGAAGAUCAAGACGUUGGAUGGAAGGCAGAUCAUGUUUACGACUCUACCUGGUAAGAUUUUGAGAUUUUUUUUAUAUUGUUUUAGGUUCAAAAAUCAGAAUUUUUUUCGAAAAUUUUUGAUGUUUCCAAAUGAGUAAAAUUAUGUUUAUUAGUUGUCUUGAGACUCGAAAAUCAUGUUUCUACUAAUUUCAAAUUGUUUUAGGUGAGGUAAUCAAGCACAAUGACACCAAGAUUGUUCAACAUGAAGGUAUGCCGCGACACAAGCAUCCCGACGAGAAAGGAGACCUCAUCAUCCAUUUCAAAGUCGAAUUCCCCGACAAAAUCAACGAGCGCAACAUUGCCCGAUUAUUCGCCUUGCUUCCCGGAAAACCACAAGUCGAAAUCCCUGAUAUUGUUGAAGAAAAAGAACUCAUUGAAGUCAGCCCCGAGACCAUACAUGCUCAAGAGAACGGCCAUGAAGGCAGCGGACCUCAAGUUCAAUGCGCGACGCAGUAA